AUGGGGCUUCUGCUGAGAGAUGAUGUUUUUGUCGACUUUUUCAACACAUUUCUGAAUCUUCCUGUUUUUGGCCAGACACCCAUUUAUAUCAGUAGUACAGGCCAGUGGAACCUCUGGCCAGAGCUGCCGAGCCACGUGGAUCCCAGCCCCCCGGCUUUACUGGCUUGGCUGGAAAAGCACCGGCUGCCUCACUUCUGCAAAUCCAGCCUUUUCCUCCACCUCGUCCUCUGCCAGAAGCUCCUGGGUUUCAUUCGAUCAGAGGAAGCAGGGGAAGAACUGACUAACUUCUGGCUCACCACUGAAAGGCUCCUGGAGCUUGAUGAGUCAGAUGAAAGGCAGAGAGAACUCUACCUGUCCUUGCUCCACAGGCUGAAAGCCACUCACCUGCGUGAAGGCUCCAGUGUCAUCACACUCUGCAGGACCAUCACUGGAUCACUGCUGAAAGCCAGGCACAUUCAGUCAAUCAGCACCAGGAGGGAGAUUCUAAGCAAGAUGCAGGAACAGGUCCUUUUUAUGAUUCAGAGUUACUGGCUCCCUAAAUUCUUCAUCCACUGCAAGAUGGGCAUAAAGGAAGAGAAAUUAUGCUGGCCUUUGCUGCAGGAAUAUCAGGAGCGUUUAUUAUGGGCCAGCUCAGAGGAGCCCUCAGGCUUUUCAGAGAAUCUCUUCAUGAUGCAUAUUAGAAAGAGUCAGGGUUUGUCAGGGCCCUACUGCAGCAAGAAGGCCAAAGUGGAGAUCUGGGCUCUGAUCCGGGAGCUGCCAUCCCUGGAAAAGCCAAUCAAGACCUUGGGGUUUCUUCCCUGGGCCCUUAGUGCUGAGACCUGUGCAGGAUGGCCUUUUAGGGACUUCUUGAAGUGCCAGGACCGGCCCAUGGAGACUCUUCUGCUGGACCUGUGGCAUGACCUGGAGGAAUUUCUGUCUGCGGUGCUGGACCCCAGCAGAGAAAAUAGUUUCUUCCUGCGUCAUUUGACUGGGGAGAAGAUAUGCAAGACCUACCUGGAGGAGGGCACCAUUCAGCAGCUUCCCUUGGAGACCAGGACCCUCAGGAGACUGCGGAACCAUCUGAUGUCUGGAGAAUUCUCCCCCUGGGUAUUCAGAGCUCAGGAGGAGAUUUGCAAGGUGCUCUACUGCUUCUAUGAGGAAUUUCUGGCUUAUGACGACAGGAUGUUCCUCCAGUUUAUGUCUCCUCAGAGCAAUGUCCCGAUGCCUGAGAUGCAAGACCACGCUGUUGGGAAAGAAGAAUGUUUCCUCCUGUCCCAGCGGAUAAAUGAAUCCUUGAAGCUGAGCCAAGCCUUGGAUGGCACAAGGAACUUGGAAGGUCUCUCCUCCAAGCACUGGCAAUUACUUGGCACUCGGGACCUCCGGAAUGGGGGCUCCAUCCAGGCAGAGGUGGAAACUCUCCUGUGCAAUACCAUGCCACUGCUUCCUUGCUACAUUGUUGGGCCCUCCCAGAUUACUGCACAAUCUGACCACCUGCAGUUCUUCAAGCAGUUGCUUGAGGAGCACAAUGCAGAUAAGCCACUGAGUUUCUGGAUGGCUGUGAAGAAGCUACCACUGUCCCACCUCAUCAUGCAUCUGGCUGCCUGCAACAUGCAGUCAGAAAAGGAAGUUACUUCUCUCAAAAGGAAAGUCGCCAUCAUCAGCAAACUCUUCUUGAACUCUGAUAUUCUGCCCAAAUUUUGGAGGUAA